CAAUUGGCGCUAUUUAUACUUUCGAGCGACUGUAGAAAUGACGGAAGAUCAAUGUUUCUCGCUGCACGAUGCGGUUGUCUCAGAGAUAUCUGACACUGCGUGUUAUAUACCGAAUUUUAUCACCGAGGAAGAAGAGAGACAGAUCAUAAAGUGUGUAAAUAACGUACCAUUACCAAAGUGGACACAACUGAGCAACCGUAGAUUGCAGAAUUGGGGUGGUAUGCCGCAUCCCAAGGGGAUGAUAGCAGAAGAGAUUCCUAGUUGGCUUCAAAAGUAUAUUAAUAAAGUGAAAGCUUUGAAUGUCUUUGAAAAUGGAGUAUCACCUAAUCACGUUUUAAUUAAUGAAUAUUUGUCUGGGCAAGGAAUUAUGGCACACUCAGAUGGCCCGCUCUUUUACCCUGUUGUAACUACCAUCAGUUGCGGUUCUCAUACUUUCCUUGACUUUUAUAAACGGCUUGAUACAAUAGAGCAACAGCAAUCAAAAUUGGAAUUUAGUUUGCUACUGGAACCCAGAAGUCUGUUAGUUCUCCAGAAAGAUCUGUACCAUAAUUACUUGCAUUCUAUAGCAGAGAGAGAUUCUGAUAAUAUAGCAAAAUCAUCGAUAAAAAAUUUGCAUAUGUGUGCGAGAAACUUUAGAGAGGGAGAGAUAGUAAAACGUGGUACUAGAUUAUCCUUGACUAUUAGACACGUUCCAAAGACUAGCAAAAUGAAGUUGAAAAUUUUUUGAUAUGUUUUAUGUACGUUAUUGAAAUUUUUAAAGAAUACAUUUGUAUCUGA